AUGUUGCCUCAGAAACAAUUCCUUUGGAGAUUCUUUCCUUUCUCCACUCCCUUAAUGUUUCACAUGCUUCCUUUUUCCAGUAGACAAUCCAUAGAGUCUUUUGCCACUUUGGGGUCUGUCUCAUUGAGCUCAUCACAAGUUUUUCCAGCAUAUUCUUCGACUUUUCUUUUAGAAUCUGUAGACUAUGUUAAACUGGUUCAAUCAGCUACUAAAACUGGGAAGUUGAACCAUGGCAAACUUGUUCAUUCCCAUAUGAUUAAAACUUCUUUCAGGCCCUGUCUAUUUUUGCAGAACAAUCUUCUUAACAUGUACUGCAAAUGUGGGGAUACACGUUCUGCCGACAAAUUGUUUGAUAAAAUGUCAAAAUCAAACAUUGUAACUUACAACUCUUUGAUUUCGGGAUAUGUCCAGAUGAGCAACCUUGACAAGGUCAUGAUUUUGUUUGACAAAGCAAGAAGACUUGGUUUGAAACUUGAUAAGUACACUUGUGCAGGAGCUCUUACAGCAUGUAGUCAAAGUGGGAAUCUUUCUGCGGGUAAGAUGAUUCAUGGAUUAAUUUUAGUUUAUGGAUUAGGCUCCCAAGUUGUUUUGACCAAUUCUCUUAUUGAUAUGUAUUCAAAAUGCGGCCAGGUUGAUUAUGCACGGAUUUUGUUUGACCAUUCUGAUAAGUUAGAUGGCGUUUCUUGGAAUUCGUUGAUUGCUGGUUAUGUACAAAAUGGAAAAUAUGAGGAGCUGUUGACAAUUCUGCAGAAAAUGCAUCAAAAUGGAUUGGCGUUCAAUACUUAUACUCUAGGAAGUGCCCUGAAGGCUUGUAGCUCGAACUUCAAUGGUUGUAAAAUGUUUGGGACAAUGCUACAUGACCACGCAAUCAAACUUGGCCUACAUCUGGAUGUUGUUGUUGGCACUGCAUUGCUUGAUAUGUAUGCAAAAACAGGAAGUUUGGAUGAUGCUAUUCAAAUCUUUGACCAAAUGGUGGACAAAAAUGUUGUGAUGUAUAAUGCAAUGAUGGCUGGCUUGCUCCAACAAGAGACCAUUGAAGAUAAAUGUGCAUACAAAGCCCUCAAUCUUUUCUUUGAGAUGAAGAGCUGUGGAAUAAAACCUUCCAUGUUUACAUAUUCAAGCUUAUUAAAAGCUUGUAUUAUUGUUGAGGAUUUCAAAUUUGCAAAGCAAGUUCAUGCCUUAAUGUGCAAGAACGGUCUUCUUUCGGAUGAGUACAUCGGGAGUAUUCUUAUUGAUUUAUAUUCUGUGUUAGGUUCAAUGAUGGAUGCUUUAUUGUGCUUUAACUCAAUUCAUAAUUUGACCAUUGUCCCAAUGACUGCCAUGAUUUUUGGUUAUCUUCAAAAUGGAGAAUUUGAAAGUGCGUUGUCUUUGUUCUAUGAACUUUUGACAUACGAAGAGAAACCUGAUGAAUUUAUUUUUUCCACAAUCAUGAGUUCUUGUGCAAAUAUGGGCAUGUUAAGAUCUGGAGAACAGAUCCAAGGGCAUGCAACCAAGGUAGGCAUCUCGAGAUUCACCAUUUUUCAGAAUUCACAGAUUUGGAUGUAUGCAAAAUCUGGAGAUCUAUAUGCUGCCAAUCUAACCUUUCAACAGAUGGAAAAUCCUGAUAUUGUGUCUUGGUCAACAAUGAUCUGCAGCAAUGCACAGCAUGGGCAUGCAAUGGAGGCUUUGAGAUUUUUUGAGCUCAUGAAGAGUUGUGGAAUUGAGCCUAACCACUUUGCCUUUCUUGGAGUUCUAAUUGCGUGUAGUCACAGAGGGCUUGUUGAAGAAGGAUUAAGGUACUUUGAUACCAUGGAAAAAGACUACAAAAUGAAACUUCAUGUCAAGCAUUGUGUCUGUGUUGUUGAUCUACUUGGUCGAGCUGGAAGGUUGGCCGAUGCAGAAAGUUUAAUCCUACGCUUGGGGUUCGAGCACGAACCAGUGAUGUGGCGAGCUUUACUAAGUGCCUGCAGGAUUCACAAAGAUACAGUUACUGCACAACGUGUAGCACAGAAAGUAAUAGAGCUUGAACCUCUCGCAUCUGCAUCUUAUGUUCUUCUUUAUAACAUUUAUAUGGAUGCUGGAAACAAGUUAGCUGCCUCAAAAGUUAGAACGUUAAUGGAAGAACGGAGAAUUAAGAAAGAACCUGGUCUAAGCUGGAUACAAAUAGGAGAUAAAGUCUACUCAUUUGUUUCAGGUGAUCGAUCUCACAAAAACAGUGGACAAAUAUAUGCAAAGUUGGAUGAAAUGUUAGCAACGACAAAGAGAUUAGAUUCGGCAAAGGACAUAUUAGGUUACAAAAUUGAACAUGAACACCUAACCAAUGUGAACUAUCACAGUGAAAAGUUGGCUGUGGCUUUUGGGGUUCUCUAUUUGUCAGAAUCAGCUCCGGUGAGAGUGAUGAAGAACCUGAGAAUAUGUUUGGACUGUCACAUGACAAUGAAGCUCUUCUCAAUAGUUGAGAAAAGAGAGUUAAUUGUUAGAGAUUCAGUUCGAUUCCAUCAUUUCAAAGACGGGUCUUGUUCUUGUGGGGACUACUGGUAGUUGAAAUGGAUUCAUAUUUGUAGUUUAAGUCUCAACAGACUGAAAAAAGGCUGAAUCCAAAUUUCUCUAGGCUAUUUCAUAUCUAAAAGGAUCCUAAGCUAUCUGCAAGCAUGAAGACACGAAGCAUUUUUAUUCUCUUUUUCUGUCUUCUAUGUUCAUACAUAGUCUUCAAUCACAAUUUGGAGGGAGGCUAUUCCUUGUGAGAUUGCUAAGGAACUUUAGAUUUAGCAAUCUUCGGAGGAUAAGUUCUUCUGGGAAAGCUUGUCCUAACUGAGGUUGCUGUGCAGUAACAAUAUCACUUUUUCUUUCAAGUACAACUGUAGGGAUGGAGGAUCGAGUCUUCGACCUCUACGAAAGGUCGUACCAACUAAGCACCAUCGAGUCAAGUGAGUAAAAAGCCAAGAUCAUAUUAGAAACUUUAUAUAUACAAAUUCUUGAUCAAAUUUUUCUGAGAUUGGAGCUGGAGUCAUUCUACAUGCAUCAGGAACCUCAUCAUGAUGUCUAGGAAGACUAUCCCUCCAAUGUACCUUACCAUGCUUUUAUCUCAAAAGUGAAUGAAUAAAAGGGGUUUAAGGUUUUGGGUGUCAAGAGGUUUGUUUAUCUUGGGCCUUUUGUUUAUUUUUAUAUUGUAUGGUUUAGUAGAUAAGACACAAAUUUGAACUCGGUGUAUUUUUUUUCCUUAAUUGAGAAGGAUUUAUUUACUCGAGAACGAAACUGAGAAAGAAUUAUAUUCUUUUAUUAGAAACAAAGACAUGUAUGUAACACAUGCAUGGUUUUUUCUA